UUGAUCAGCGACAGUAUGGCAGACCUCUACUCCCGGAUCUCUUUCCUGCUCGUCAUAUAUUUGGAUGUCUGCAAAUUCCAAAGUUUGAAUCUGGCUCUGAAGAAACCAGCAUGGAUGAGCAGCGUGAGGCAACCACAUGUCGCUGCUAAUGCUGUGGAUGGCAGCCAUAGUACCCAUCUCUUCAACGGUGUCUGCAUUCACACUAAAAAUGGUGACAUGUCGCCCUGGUUUGUUGUGGAUCUCCUGGGGCAGUACAGUGUCCACAACGUCACCAUCUACAACAGGGGAGACUGCUGUGGGGAAAGACUCCAUGACUUUGUAAUCCAGGUGUAUGUACAAAAUCCAUCGCGAUGUCCAUCAGCAGCUUUCUCCAUCUGUAAGAACUACACUGGCACGUUUGGUUCCGUGGGGAACAUAGCAUGUGACGCUCCGGUCUUGGGAAGGUUCAUCAGACUGUGGAAACCGAAAAUCAGAGGCAAAUACGAUGCUCUCAACUUCUGUGAACUUGAAGUGUAUGGAGUCCAGUCAGCCAGAAAGCGAUUCGGCUAUUUCAAUGCAUCAGCAGCACGACUUGUCUCCCCUGUCAUUGUAUCUUCACCUGACAUGCCCCCAUUGUCCUGUGUCCUUCAGUGUAUGUUGUCUGGAGCCUGUGUCGGUGUCAACUACAACAGAGGAACUCGAGAGUGUGAACUCCUCCCCCGACCUCAACCCACUGACACAGUCUCCUCUGAUCUAGGCUGGGUCUACUAUGGAGACGAUCUAUGUUGA